AUGGCCGUCACGACCACCUCCGCUGCCCGUCGAGCGGCGUCGAAGGAGGAGACCGUAUCUGCUGCACCACCAGACACUUCAGCGGAAGACCACUUUUUCUGGACAUAUACCGAAGAACCGCACAGGACGAGGAGGCAGGCGAUCAUUAAAGCACAUCCGGAGGUUCUGAAACUAUGCGGCCAUGAACCACUUACGAAAUAUCUUGUUCUCGCCGUUGUAGCUCUACAGAUUGCUUGUGCAUACUUGCUGCGCAAUACGUCCAUGUUAUCAUGGCAGUUCCUAGUCACCGCAUACGUCGUGGGAGCAACCUCGAACCAGAACCUUUUCCUCGCCAUACACGAGAUAUCACAUAACCUCGCCUUCAAGUCGCCGUUGGCCAACAGACUGCUGGCCAUCCUCGCAAAUCUACCAAUUGGAAUACCUUACUCUGCUUCAUUCCGACCAUACCAUCUUACGCACCACAAGUCUCUCGGCGUAUCCGGCCUGGACGCCGACCUUCCAACCGCCCUCGAAGCCUUCUUCCUCGACUCCCUACUCGGCAAAACAUUCUUCUGUACCUGCCAAAUCCUCUUCUACGCCAUCCGACCCAUGUUCAUCUAUACGCCAAAAUUCACAUACAUCCACCUUAUCAACAUCGUCGUGCAAAUAUCAUUCGACCUAGCACUAUAUAAAUUCACCAACUCCCUUCAGCCAAUCUACUACUUGAUUCUCAGCUCGUUUCUGGCUGGCUCGCUACACCCUUGUGCCGGCCAUUUCAUUGCAGAACAUUACUUCUUCUCUGGCGUGAAGACUGGCGGAACAGAAUCGCUUCAUACCCUUCGACAACAAAAGGAGCAGGCUGGGGAUGUCAAGUCUGUCGACCCUGCGCUCGCACCCCCAGAGACGUACUCUUAUUACGGCGCACUGAACAUUCUGACGUAUAAUGUCGGUCUACAUAACGAGCACCAUGAUUUCCCUGCCAUUCCAUGGUCACGUCUUCCCAAGCUGCAUGAGAUUGCAAAGGAGUAUUACGAAACGCUGCCUUGCCACCGUAGCUGGGUCUGGGUGAUCUGGAUGUUCAUUCUGGACAAGGAUGUUGGACUCUGGUGCCGUGUUAAGCGGGCUGAGGGGGGCAGGAUUGUUGGUGGUGAUAAGAAGGCUGCCAAAGCCGAUAGCGGGUGGACGGAGAAUGAGAUUCAAAACUGA